UUUCUCUAACACACAAAAUCUCUAAACUGGCCUAAAAACAGGUCUAGUUUGUAGGUAAUACUGUAACAACCCCGAUAAACAAGUGACAGCUUCCAAACUGGAAAACAGAAGAAGCGAGAGGAAAACUGAAUCGUAUCAUCAACUGGUUGGUGUCUAAGACAAGGAAUGGCCUCCGGGACAGCUGCCGGAGAUGGGUUUUUCCGUGGUGGUGGAUUUGAAGGAUGUAUCAGAGGUGAUAUGGAGAUCACAAGAAGACCCUAUCAUCGGAACUGUAACUGUGCACUCCACAAGAUGCGUGGAAAGUGCUCUCAUGUCUUCCCGGCGACCAAUGUUGCGUAUCCUAUUAGACGAGCUUGGAGUGAAGGAUCGUUGGCAUUAAUGGUUUCUACGAAUAAUAAUUCAUCACCUUGUUCAUCUCCAGUUGCAGGACCCAUGGCCGAUAUCUCCCAUGGUGGGAGGUCGCUUUUUGAUUCGUGUGAUGAAGAUCAUCAACUCUGAUUGAAUAUCACCUCGUUCAUUUAAUUAAGGUUUGAUUUUUGUUGUUUCUUUAUUAUAUGUUAUAUGGUUGUAUAACCCUUUAUUUGGAGUGUUAUGUUAGAAUAAUUUGUUUUGAAUUGCCAUUUUGGUUACUCCGUCUAUCUUGAAAGUUCAAAUACUCGUGUGAAAUUGUUUUUUCAUCUAAUUUUGACGAGUUUGUACUGAUUUGGUACGAAGGUAUACGAUCUUUGAGUGUA